AAUGAUGUGUUAAACCCAGCCGGAAUUUUGUUUCUCUAUUUAUUUUAUUUUCAUUGCAUUUACAAAUUCAAUAUGUAGAAAAUAUUAAUAUAUGUUAACGGUUGGGAAAGCGAGUGGCUGCUAAGUUUGUUUUGAUCGGCACAUUCUUUAAAAGUCAAGCAAGUUAGUCAUCUCUUUUUUCUGGCGGACAGAAGCACAAGUGUGUAAACAAAGUAUAAAUGGAAAAGAAGCAGAUCAUAAUCGGGCUAGUGGUUGUCACUGUCGUGGUAGCUGUCGCCAUCACUUUAGGCGUCACACUAAGCAAAGAUGACGACGACGAUGGAAACAAUUCUGCUGUAAAUACAACCAGCUCUACAGUUAUUACGACUAGCUCUACAAUUAGUACGACCAGCUCUACAGUUAAUACGACUAGCUCUACAUUUAAUACGACUAGUUCUACAGUUAAUACGACUAGCUCUACUGCCAAGGACUAUUACACAAAUGGUGCUGUUGCAACAGAUGCUAAAAACUGUUCAGAUAUUGGUUUGGAAAUGUUAAAAGCAGGAGGGCAUGCUGUAGAUGCUGCUAUCGCAAGUUUAAUUUGCGUAGGAGUGGUAAAUCUGCACUCUACUGGUAUCAGUGGUGGAGGUUUUAUGACGCUGUACGAUAAAGCAAGGAAGAAAACUACAGUGUUUGACUAUAGAGAAACUGGUCCAGCUGGCUUACAUGCAAACUCUUAUGCUCAUGACAAAAACGCCGCAAAAGUAGGUGGAUUAGCAGUCGGCGUUCCUGGAGAGAUCAGAGGUUUAAAGUUAGCUCAUGAAAGGUAUGGAAAAUUACCUUGGUCUCAAUUAUUUGAACCAUCAAUCAAGCUGGCUGAAGAAGGUAUCACGAUCGGAAAGCACAUGGCUUCAAAAUUAUCAAGUUCUACAAAGAAAGCAAUGAUGGCGGAUCCUGGAUUGAAAGAAAUUCUAGUAAAUGAAGAUGGUACGUUCAAAAAAGCGGGAGAUAUUAUUGUUAACAAGAAAUAUGCUGAUACACUCCGAAUACUUAAAGACAAUCCAGAAGAUCUUUACACAGGAAAUAUCUCGAAGUCCUUUUUAAGUGACGUCAACAACAAUAAUGGUAACAUGACGGCGGAAGAUUUGAAAAAUUACAAAGUUUUAGAGAAAGUACCUAUAACCACAACAUUGAAUGGUUUGACACUUCAUACAACUCCUUUACCAGGAGGUGGUUCUGUUUUAAUACACAUCUUAAAUAUGGUAAAAGGCUACAAGUUCAACGCAUCAUAUUUGGACACUGUUGACGAGAAAGUGUUAACAUAUCACAGAAUUGUGGAAAGUUUUAAAUUUAGCUAUUCGAAACGACCACAUCUUGGUGAUCCCAAUAAAGUACCUGUUGAAAAUAAAACCGAAUUCGAUAAAAUGAAAGAAGACAUGAUAAGUCUAGCGAAGGCUGAAAUGAAUCGUAUGAAAGUGAAUGACACUUCCACGCAAAAAAAUAGUUAUUACGAUCAAUUCUUUACGACAAUUGAAGACGAUGGUACUACACAUGUUUCAGUGAUUGAUAAAGAUGGGAAUGCUGUAUCAGCUACGGAUACGAUCAAUUUUGCGUUUGGAGCAAAAUUUCGAUCAAUGAAAACUGGUAUUAUAUACAACAACGAACUAGCUGAUUUUUUCUUAAACUCCACUUACGGUGAUAAAUAUCCAACGCCGUUAUAUAAUGCUCCCGGUGCUGGACGCCGACCUCUUUCAUCGACCUGUCCGUCAAUUUUAGUUGAUAAAGAUGGAAAUGUUGUGAUGGUGGUUGGUGGUUCGGGAGGUACCAGGAUAACACUUUCUACCGCUUGGGUUAUCAUCAAGAAGUUGAUGUUUUCGUACAAUCUAACUUCGGCUGUGGAAGAUGCUCGUCCGCAACACGCAUUUUUUCCAGAAUACAUUCGAAAUGAAAAAGGGUACCUCCUCUCCGACGAUAUUGUGGAGGGAUUAAAAAAAAAGAAUCACAGAAUUCUACAAUCCAGUCUUAAUGCUAUAGUUCAAGGUAUAUAUGUUGACGGUGGGAAAAUUUACGCAAAAUCUGAUCCCAGAAAAGAAGGUGUGGCAGUUGGAUAUUAACUUCGUACACGAAUACAAUGUUACCAUAUUUAAUAAAAGUUAGAAAAUAUGUUCACAACAUUCUAAUUAUAAUUCUACAUUAAUAACACAAACACCGAACCAGCGACAUAAGAGAGAAACAGAUUUUUUAUUUUUUAUAAAUUUUAAAUAAUUACACGUCUUUUAAAUCUUAAAUAUAUUCCUUGAUAUUGCUUUUAUGGCCUGUAUGUGCAGCCUUGUUUCGCGGUGAAGUAGGAAGAGUGAAAUUAAGACUUUCGCUUCUAGUUUUAUUCGGGAAACGUUUUGAAUAAAAAGUGGCAAAAAAUCAAGAGUGAAACGCAAAAUUUUGACUCUAUGGAUUAUUUUUAUGGUAUUCCAGGGAGUUAGGACUUCUAUAGAACACCGAAAACAUUUCAGCGGAACAAUUUCUAGUAGUGAGAAUUUUAAUAGAUGACACAGGUCUGUUAAGCGCUUGAUUGAUUAGCAGAACAAUAUAGCUAGUAGGUGAAAUAAAUGUUCUUUUUCUUCAAUAUGUUUUGAUCUUCUUUAACAACUGACAACUAAAUUUCAUUCUGUAUUUUUGGUAUUUUUUAUUCAACGCCACAAAAAUAUGAUUAUUCUGAGGAAAUAUCUAAAAUACUAUACAUAACAGGGACAUAUAAAAUGAAAUCAAGUCGCUCUUAGGCGCAAAAAAAGUGUAAUAAAUCUUUACCAUAUGGAAGUAAAUUGUAGUCGAAACAAAAGAAAGCCUAAAUCAACGGGGGAUUCGUCAUCAGACUUAAACUACCUAACUUUAAGCAGAAAGACCACAACUGAAACCAUAAAUCUGCUAAUCGAGAAGACGAAAUGUUACUACAACCUUCCAUUCUUCACAAGACAUAAAAAAAACGAUUUUUACAUUUUUUUCGAAAUGAGUUAUAAUAGCCACUACCAUCGUGCAGUCACUGAAUAUGGUCGCCACAAGCCGGAAAGUGGGUCGACUUUUUUUUAAGUAGUUUAAUAUCCCUUGGUGACUUCAAGGCUGCUAGGGCCUUACAAAUUAACUUUUGUCCUGUGUCCAUGAGAGUAUUGGUCCACCUUUACUUUCUAUAUUUCCUUAUCACCUUCAGUGAGCUCAUACAGCUCAUUGGUGAGCCAUAAAGACGUACAUGCUCCUGUUUCCCAAAGGAUUCGAGGAUGAGCCAAGAAACAAGGUUAUAAAUCAGCAUGAAGGUGGAGUACUUGACAAAAUAAUGUUGACCAACGCAAUAAACAA